AUGGCUGUGCCGCAAUACCAGGACAAACUUGUUGUGCUAUUCGGUGGUCUUCGUAUAUCAAUGUGCUUUUUGAAGACUAUUGGCGACCACAGGAAUGGAUCAGGGUUAGCAGAGACAUGGGUAGAAAAUGACGUUUUUACGGUUUUUCUACGGUUUUUCGAGUACACCAAUGAAAAUCUUGCAACGAAAAUUGCUGAUUUGCAGUCAUCAUUAGAAAACCCUGUCCAAGAACUGACAGGAACUCUCAAAUCUUCAGAGUUCAAACCGUUUUUGGAGUAUUCAUAAAAACGAAAUCCCUUCAGAAUAUUAUUUUUAAGUUUUGAUAGAGAUACCUGGAGAUGGUAUCCGUUCUGCUUAACUUAACUCGAGCACAAAGAGAAGGAAUCUAGACUCCAUAUUGAAUGCUUCCAUAUUUCUUCAGAUAUGAUCAUCUCAAUUACGCUAAGUGAGGAUCGGUAUUCAUUGGAAACUUUGUUGUCAAAUUGAGCGAGGGUACAUUUAACCAAGUAAGCGCAGAUCACAGUUUUGAAUGGCUCAAUAGAAUUGGUAAAAGAGAAGGAGGAAUUGUUGGCAUAACCAAGACAUCUUCAGCUUAUUAGAUCAGGUAAAAAGCUAUCUGCAGAUGAACAAAUGUAGUCGAAAGAUUAGCAAUAAGCAUAUUUUCUCUGUAAAAUCAUUUAAGGAACAUUUCAUGCGUUAAUAACACUUCAACAGUGCAAUUUAAACAAGAGUAGCAGUAAACGUUUUAUCAGAUGUAAAACGAGAGGUGUAGCCAAGCGUUUUAUAUCCGAUAAAACACGUGGUACGAGUGUUUUUAAUGACUUAAUGGUGAGUAGAUGAAAAUUUACUGUUUAACUGUGUCUUUUAAUGGGCUCUAUCUUAUAAUUUGCUCUCGGAGAUUACAUUUGCUGUGCCCCUAGGUGAGUAAAAAAAUGGACAGAAACAUAAUCUUUCGAACCGAUAGAAGUGUUAUUUAGCGUCAGUUUGUUACGGCGCACGAAAAUAAGUCGCCCUAUUUGCCGUGUCAUUGAAAACAGGAGCGUGUUACUACUUCCUAGUAACUGGCCCAACUUCUUAGCAUUACCCGAGAAAAAGGCAGAUUUGGCAAGAUCCCUUUCCGAGCAUCUCAUUCCAAAUGCGCCACCCGAUAAAGUAAUUGUUGUCACUGGAGGAUUUAACGAUGGAGAAAAAGCACAAUGCUCAAACGAGGAAAUGGAUUUAACCAUAUUCUAUAAAGCACACGAAAAGCAGACACAAGAAUUAUUUAUCACUGUACUCCAGCAUUUGUGA